UCUCUCUUUCUUCUCUAUAUCAUUCAUACUUUGCUUUUAAAUUCAAAAAUAAAUUAAAAAGUAAUUUGAUAACAAUUACCACUUACGCAGAAAAAACUCAAGGGUUCAAUCCUUGUCGCGAUUGUUGAGCAUGAUGCUUCGUAAUCUCUGCUGUUGUUCUCUCCGAUAUAGUUGCAUGAUCAUUGCAAUUACUACUAUAUGUUUUUAUCUAAUCGAAAUGAUUGCCCAUGGCGACGAUACAGUAUUUAUGCAUGAACACGAAGAAGUGAGAAAACGUUGGACACUGUUCUUACAGUCGUUCAUCUUAUCGAUUGGUAUCAUUGUCUCGUUAUUAUUAUACUAUGGCUCAUAUAAGAACAGACGAUCAUUAGUCAUACCGUGGAUAGUGGUAUUUGUAAUCACUUUUAUUAUUUACUUAGUGUUGGCGAUAGCAGAGACUAUCAAACUAUCACCAAGUGUCUGGAUAACUGUCUUACAAUUUGUGGUUUUAGCCAUAAUGCUGUAUUUUCUGUUGGUCGUGUAUUCGUUUUGCAGAGAACUCGGCUCAGAUCCAGACAGUCUACAUGUAUGAAUAUAAAAUUUUGCAAUCAAUAAAAAUCACUCUAAGUAAUUUUUUU